ACAACAACACACGGAGAGGGAGAGGGAGAACAAGAUCAGAGAGAAGAGAGAGAACCAAGAAGAAGAAGAAGAAGAAGAAGAAGAAGCCAUAGAAGAAGGUUCUAGAAGAAGGGUGAUGACGAUGGACAGAGAGAAGGAGAGAGAGAUAGAGCUAGAGAGUGCAAUGUACACGAACUGCUUGUUGUUGGGUCUGGAUCCGGCGAUUAUCGGAGUUGGAGCAUCCAGUUCAUCCCCUCGGGUCGGACUCUUCCGCCAUUCAAACCCUAAAUUGGGGGAACAGCUUCUUUACUUCAUCCUCUCCUCCCUUCGUGGCCCAAUUCAAUCCGCUAAAGAUUUUGAUAAGGUUUGGCCUAUUUUUGAUUCCGCGCAAUCGCGUGAUUUUCGCAAGGUUGUGCAAGGGAUUAUCAGUGAGCUUGAGUCGCAGGGCGCGCUUCCUCGGAGCAAUUCUAGAGUUUCUUCGCUUGCUACUUGUUGUGGACCUAGGUUUGUUGAGCUUCUAUGGCAACUUUCUUUGCAUGCUUUACGAGAGGUUCAUAGGCGGACAUUUUCAGAUGAUAUAUCUUCCAACCCAUUGCCUGCACCAUUGACUGAUGUAGCAUUUUCACAUGCAGCUACUCUUCUUCCAGUUACAAAGGCAAGAAUAGCCCUUGAAAGAAGAAAGUUUCUUAAGAAUGCUGAAAUGGCUGUACAACGUCAGGCUAUGUGGUCAAAUUUGGCUCAUGAAAUGACUGCUGAAUUUCGUGGCUUAUGUGCUGAAGAGGCUUAUUUGCAACAAGAGCUGGAAAAACUGCAUGACUUGAGGAAUAAGGUGAAGUUGGAAGGAGAACUCUGGGAUGAUCUUGUAUCCAGUUCAAGUCAGAAUUCCCAUUUGGUUUCAAAAGCUACUCGUCUAUGGGAGUCUUUGUUAGCUCGUAAAAGUCAACAUGAAGUUCUUGCAUCAGGCCCUAUUGAGGACUUGAUAGCUCACCGGGAGCAUAGGUAUCGAAUUUCUGGUUCAUCUUUGCUUGCAGCAAUGGACCAGAGUUCUCAGGCUCCUUAUUCAGAUGUUCUAUCUGGUCAGCCUGGUGAUUUUUCUGCAGUGCACAUGGAUAACAAAGAAGAAAGUGAUGGAUCUCAUUUUAGCAAUGAGAUAUUGACAAGAGCAGAAGACAGGAAUGGAAGAGCCCAUCAAACUGUUGAUGUAGCAGAGGUUAUACGUCGAUGGACGCAUGCAUUGCAACGUAUUCACAAACAAUCUCUUCUUUUGGCAAAAGCAAACGAUGGAGAGGGUCCAGAUAUAUUGCGGAGUGCACAAGAAGGUGGUUCAAGUGGCCAUGCCGAGUCCUUAGCUGCAACCCUUGCAGAGCAUCAGCAACACUUGGCUAGCUUUCAGGUGCUUAUUAACCAACUCAAGGAUGUUGCUCCCACAAUACAGAAGUCAAUAUCAGAGUGUACCGAGAAGGUAAACUGCAUAGCCUCCAGUCUACCUCAAAUGAACAGGCAUCAUGGUCGGUCAACGUCACCUAUUCAAGCACAUAAUAGUGGGAGGAUGGACAGUAGCAGUGAUGAUGUUGUUGAGGUGACUUCAAGACUAUCCAAUGUUCAGCUUGACAAGGUUUCAGUUAGUCCUCCUACUUUAAAGCUUCCUCAAUUAUUUAGCUUGACCCCGUCUUCUGGAAAAGCUGGAAAUAUGCAAAGGCGGCAUGCUAAUGCUCCUCAACCCAGUCAAACAGAGAAUCAAUCUGAUAGCAAAUCUUUGGAUCCUCCUUCAAGUAAUCAAGUAGCUAGUUCUGGAGAAGAUAGUGACAGUUACUACAUCCAGAAUUUGAAGAGGUCGGUAAGAGAAGCGGCAUUGUCUUUGCGGUCAUGCAAUUCAGAAUCUUCGCGAGAUAGUCAUUCGGAUGGAAGUUCUGAGCACUUCUUUGUUCCUCUUUCAGAAUCUGGUUUUUCUCACUUAGAUGCAGAAAAGAGGGCGGCUUCAUUGAGAAGCAAAAGGUUAUUUGGAACUCAAAUUGAAGAUUCCUUGCUUGAGAAUCAUGUAUCUGACGGUCAUGGGGAGAGAAAGUUUGAUGAAUUUCCAGAUAUGUUUAAUGAUUUGGAAAGGCUCUCUUCUGAUUAUGACCAUGUAAAUAGUUUCCUUUCUACUGGUUCAAAUACAACUUCUGAUGCACAACGGUCAGUUCUUGACUUUGAGGAUGCUCAGGAUCAAGUCUUAUCUCCCCCUCUGCUAAUGGACUCAUCACUUUUAGCAGAUUCAUUUGAAGACUUGUUGGGUAUGUUGAGUUUCCUUUCCUAGAAUUUGAUGAUUUCU